GCCAAAUCUAAUGUAAGAAUUGAACAGAGAUAAAUACUGGCAUUGUUUAUUCCACAAUUAAAUUUUGUUAACCUUUGUAAACUUAUUUUAAAAUGUUGCCUUCGGAUUAUGAAGAAUUAAAGCGUAUUGAUACUAUUUUACUUUGUGGGAUAUGUUACGAAUACAUGGACACAACUGUCAUCACACCAUGUUCACAUAAUUAUUGUUCACUUUGUAUACGAAAAUAUUUACAUUACAAGACGCAAUGUCCAACUUGUUUCGAGGAGGUUUUUGAAAAGGAUUUGAGAGUGAACAAAGCAUUGGAUGAAAUUAAACAAUAUUUCUUAGUAUUAAAAGAUAAAUUAAGUAAAUGUGUUCAAAGUAUACAAAAUGAUAAAUUAAGUACUAGUCAUUGUAAUUCGCCUAAGAUUACGCAUCAUAAGGAAAAUUUAGUUAUCGCUAAACAACCAAAUGUUGGUUUUGAUAAUAUUGUCAACGAUGAACCACCACAAUGUAUCACAACAAAUGUGGAUAAAAUUGUGCAUACAUCACAAGAUGCAGGAACUGCUUUACUCAGUCCAAGUACCAGUAAGGCAUCUAAAGUAUUAUCUUUCUUUACACCCAAAAGUAAGAAAGUUAUAUCUCAAGAUGUUAUUAGCGAUGAAGUGGUAAUAUGUCCAGUUUGCAAGGUUAACGUUCCAGAAAAAAAUAUUAACAGACAUCUAGAUGAUUGUUUGAAGAGAGAAGUAACAAAAACUAAGCCAGUCAAAAUUAAACCUAAACGUAAACCGUUACCAAAAUUGGUACUCAGUUUAAUGAAGGAGUCAGAAAUUAAAAAGAAAUUAAGAGAAUUAGGUCUUUCACAUGUUGGCGAUAGAAAAGCCUUGGUGAUGAGACUUCAGAGGUAUACGACUCUCUACAAUGCAGAAUGUGAUAAAGAAAAUCCUAGAUCAGUUUCUGAAUUACUUAAAUUAUGUGAUGAGGAAGAAAAUUUAGAGAGGAAAUCUAACAAAUUAACAUUUGUUAAAUUGCAAGUCAAUAGAAACACAGCUGAUAAUGUUAUUGAAGAGGAAAGGAAAAAGUAUUUAGAGAUACAUAAAAGUAGUUUUGAGAGUUUGAUUUCAAAGAUCAAACGUACGGAAAAUCCUCAGAAACCAUCAGCAAGGCGUUCGAUAUUAAAUGAAAAUAUUGCUAUGGAAACAAGUUCCGUUUAUUCAACAAAUUCUUCAAAUUUGGAUUUGCAGGGUUCAGAUUCAGAUGUUGAGUGUCCAUUGCAAAUGUAUUCUAGUGAAAAUCCAAUGAAUUUUCUUAACGUAGAAUUAUUAUCUUCUAAUGAAGGAAGUGAAGAUAUUAACAAUGUAAUUAGCAAAGAAGAAAAAGAAGAAGAAAAAGUAAAAGAAGAAGAAGAAGAAGAAGAAGAAGAAGAAGAAGAAAAAUUAGUACUAGCUAAUACGAGUGCAGGUUUUUUUUAUUCACAAAUUGAAAAGACAAAUAGCAAUAAUAAUUCUCCUAUUUUAGUAAAUAAACAUCCAAUAGUAUCUCACGAAGUUCCAUGCUCGAGUAAUACCUUUGCAAAUGUGAAGAAAACGUGUAUAGAAAAAAAUCAAACGGAAAUAAAGAAAUUAACGACGAUAGAAACAGAACAAGAGAAUAAAGAUAAUUUGAAUGAAAUGCAAUUGGAAGAUUACAUCUCUGAUUUUUCUAGCAACGACAGUAUUAUUUCUAAUUCAGAAUUUGAGACGUUAGAAAAACAAAUUUAUGACAUAAUUAAAGGUGUAAAUGUUGAAGAAAGUAUUAUUACAAAAACUAAAUCGGGAAAAGAAAAUAUUAAAAGGUACAAAAAAAGAAAAUACGAUAACGUAAUUAGCGAAGAAGCGAAUCAUGUCUCAACAAAGAGGAAUAAACUUAAAAUACAAACGAACUAUCUUAGUGAACUAAAUGUACAAACAUUUAAUGGAGAACAUUUCGAAGAAGGUAACGAUGUUAUAGAAAAUAAAAGAACGAGGUUACGAAAAGGAAGGGAAGAGCAAUUAGCAUCUAUGGCAUGUACGCCACAAAGAAAAUCUAGAAGAUUAUUAAUUAACAAGAAUCAUUCUAUAAAUAAUAAUACGACAGAACGAUGAUGUUGUGAAAACAUUAGUCAAAUAUAUUACGGCUGUAAUCGACAAAUUGUAGAAAAAAAGAAUAACAUUUACUAAUCUUCUUUAAUAUUUAUGCACAAAUACAUAUAUAUUUAUAUA